GUCGCAAGCAGCGCCCACUUGUAAGCUGACAAACAGCCUGUCAAACAGAAACAGACACACACACGCACACACACACACACACACACGUACACUAGUGAAAUCAGUCUUGUGAAUCAGACACAGCAGGAGCCCAGUACCAUCAUGGACAACAAAUCAGAUGUAAAAGCCAUUCUGGCUCGUUUCCAGACUGCAGGUGUCUCGACUGAAGGAAGUGCUGCUGCUGCCGUUGCACGUCCAAAAAACGCUCUCCACCCAACCCUAUCAGGACCCAUGGUGCCGUCCAAGAAACCAGCUCUGGAGGCCUGCCUCUCGGGCGGUUCUGCUGCUACCUCUACCAACCCUAAACCCAACUACAUGAAGAACAUAGUCUCUAACAGCAAUGCAUCAGAGACACGUGAGUCUCCAAAGCCUAAAGCCAUUGCCAGCAGAUUUGAGAAUGCGACUGCAAAUGAAGAUAGCAAACCGCCUUUUGCUAAAACUUUGAAACCCAAGCCGCCAGAUUACAAUCAAAACGGUGAAUCAAAGCUAAAGGUACCUUUACAAAAGCCGCCGACAACGGAGGCCAAGAACACAUUUCCCAAGCCACCACCAGUGACAGCCAAACCUUUCAAGAGCACCAAAAUUGAGAACAAUGAAAGCACUGUGAACACCACCCCUACCCCGCCAAAAAUACCCACAAUGACCAAACCAAAGAGUGCUAUCAAUAUACUUCGGCAGCAGACAGAAGACGUUAAAGUGGAGGAUCAAACAGUAAAACCAUUUACACGCGCAAAUCUUAACAAUGCUAGCUUCCGUGCUGCCCAAACCAUGUUCAGCAAAGCAGAAGACACAGCAAAGGAUGAGUCGAAAUCUGAAAGCUCAAAAGAAUCGCAAGUGGCAGGCCCUAUUAUCCUACAAAAUAAACCUGCCUACAAGCCCAAACCCUCUGGACCUAACACUCAGACAGUAAAAAAUGAUCCUUCAGCCCCAAAAAGAAAUCCAUUAACUAACAUUCUUGCUCUCGGCAGUGCACCAAGCAAACCUAACAGACCACCCAAAGUCAACCUUCAGAAGUUCAAGAAGGGCACAGAACCUCCAGGUGAAGGACCUGAAAUAAAGAAGGGAGGUUCUCUCCCUCCUCCUCCUCCUCCAGCAUCACACCCCAGCACCCAUGCAGCUCCAACUUUGCCCCCAAGACCUCCAGGACCCAUAGUCCAGCAAGAGGAGGAGUAUGACGAUGUGGGUGACCUGAAUGACUCGUCGUUUGGUAAGGCAGGGCGACAUGACGAGGGAAGUGGAAGUGAUGGGGAGAUGUAUGAGGAACUUGAUGGAUGGGCUGUACCCGAGGUGAGAGAGCAAGAAAAGAAACGGGAAAAGGAAGAGAAAAAGCGAACAGAGCAAGAAAAGAAAGACCAGAAAGAGCGUGAAAAAAAAGAACAAGAAGCCAGAAAGAAAUUCAAACUGACUGGGCCCCUGAAAGUCAUCCAUAAAGUGAAAGCGAGAUUGGAUUGUAAGGGUGGCAGGAAUGACCUUAGCUUUAAACAAGGUGACUCUAUUGACAUCCUCCGGAUUACAGACAACCCCGAGGGCCGAUGGCUGGGAAGGACUCAAGACGGGUCCUGUGGCUAUGUAAAGACCGAGUCGGUCCAGAUCGACUUUGAUGCUCUGAAGAAUCAGAGCAAGGCUCUUCCUGAGAACGACGGUGACGUGUAUGAUGAUGUGGCCUCUCAGGAGGAAAGCAGUAGGAGCACAACCGGUCCAGGAGUCAUUCUGCCUCCUCCACCCGAGGGACCUGAUGAUAUUUACGAUGAUCUGGAGGAGUCCAGUCUUAAUGUUAGACCGGAUCCCAGGUCUCUCAGCAAAGCACGCAGCUUCAUUCGGAUGCUAAAGACCCCCACUGACUGGAGAAAAAGCCCUGUCCACACUAACGAGGUUCCUCCUCCUCCACAGUUCAGUCCAGAAGAUAACCCAGAAACUGAGGAUGUAUAUGAUGAUGUGGACACACCGCAGCCUCCCAGCAGCAUGCCUCCUUCCAAACUGAAGCUGACGAAACCUGAAGCUAAGAUAGAUGAUCCGAAGAAGCAGAAGAAAUUUGAAAAAGAGGAGAAGGAUUUUAGAAAGAAGUUUAAGUUUGAAGGCGAGAUCCAGGUUCUGUAUCAAGUGACAGUUAUUGCUAAUAAGAAAGGCAGCGGGAAGGAUCUGGCAGUGCAGGCCGGCGACACCCUGGACGUCAUCAGCAACUUGGAUAAUGACAAACUCAUCUGCAGGAACAAGGAUGGAAAAUUCGGAUAUGUCUUAAACAGUAACAUCCAGACAGAAGAUAGUGACAUCUAUGAUGACGUCGGUGAUGAUUGCAUCUACGACAACGACAACUGAUUGUGAGAGCGCCCGCAUUCUGAUGCAGCUGUGGAUCUCAGGCCUGUUUUAAUGCCCCAUCUGACAUUUCCUGUCAGUUUUAUUUAAUCUGCAAGUGGGAUGCAACCUGUGUGUGUGUGUGUGUGUGUGUGUGUGUGUGUGUGUGUGUGUGUGUGUGUGUGUGUGUGUGAAACAAGUGAUCCAGUCAUGUGACUCAAACCCAGCAAUCCACUUUCAGCAGUUUAAAGGAACAAUGUGGACAAAAGUCAAAUGUAAAUAAUUUCCAUUUUCCCAAAUGUAGUUGAUCAGCCAUGUCCUGUCGUACUUCCUGUCAGACAGACUACAUCUGGGAUAAGGACGCAAUGUAUACUAUCAGUUUACCCAAUUUUCUUCUUUAGUUUGUUAUUUUCAUAAACAACUUUCAUUUUUGAUGGUAAAGUAUAUACAGAUAGCAAAGUGUGUGUUACUUUUCUCUGCUUUUUUUU